CAUGGCAGAAAUGACAUCGCGACUGAAAACGCUGGCUUCUAAAGUUAGUAGCAUGCAGAAAGUCCUGCAAGUUAAAUUUUCUCAUCGCAAACAUGAAAUUGAAACUUACAAGUGGCUCAUCAAUCGUUUCAACACAUACCAAGACCAUACCAUCCUCAGCGACUUAUUUGACGUCGAGGGUGGGAAGACAGCCCUUGUGGUAGGCCAUGACAACAAGAAAGAGGUCGAUAUUAAUUCGCUAAAGGGCUCCAACGUGUGGCUGCUCAUAUCUGGUCCUGAUGCCUGUCAUGCAGAAAUGAAGACUCUUACUAAAUUGUACCUAAAACUGCAAACCAAGGAGCAGAAUAGGUAUCAUAUAGUGUGGCUUCCAAUUGUGGACGAGUUCAAUGAACGCGAGUUUUCGUCAUUGCAAUCCCUGAUGCCUUGGUACACAGUGCGAAAUCCUAAAAUCGUCAAACCAGUGGCCAUUAGGUACAUCAGGGAGGUAUGGAAAUUCACAAAUGAGACAAUUCUGGUGCCACUGUUUCCAAAAGGACAUGCAAAAUCCCUUACCCCUCGUACUCUUGACCCGCUGUGGAUAUCAGGAGAUUUGCUCAGCCUAUUCUCUGUUCACGAUCAAAAGAAAUCACUGUGGCAUCAGAAUCUGCAGAUAACCCUGGAUCUACUUCUCGGAGGAAUUUAUCCAGAAGAUUCGUCGAAACCAGCUUCAAUCUUAUGCCUUUACGGAGGAGAAGACAUCAAGUGGAUCGAGGACUUCACCACUAUGAUAAAUCGGGUUAAGAAUUUCACAAAGAUAAGCAUAGAUUUGGUUUAUGUGAGCAAGAGCAAUGCCAUCGAUCAUUACAACAAUGCCAUUUUCGAUUUCAUCACGGCAAAGAAGGUUGGUGGAUACUGGAAAGCUGAUGAAACACACAGUUGGCACUUUUGGACCCGAUUGGAAAGCAUCUUUUCUUGGGGGAUACGAGAUGGCAAGAAUGCUAAAGAAAACAAUACCAUGAGAGAUGUCAUGUCUUUGCUAAGCUUCAAUGGCAGCUACAAGGGAUGGGCUGUGUUUGGUCAAUUAGGAUCAUCUCAUAAAGUGGUGAAAGCCACAGGAGAAGUCGUUCUGGAUGUGUUGUUAAGGAUAAAUAACUGGUGGAAAGCUGGCACGAACGUUGAUUCUUUUGUGCUAGCACUCAACCAACAGAUCGAACAACAUCUUAAGGUCCAAAAACACCAUUGUUAUCACAUUGUUCUCCCCACCACUGUUCCAAGGGUCCCAGAUGAGAUGAUGAUAUGCGCAAUUUGUGAUCGUAAAAUGGGCAAGUAUCUAAUGUACCGUUGCUGCGAGUAGUGACCAAGCUUGGCUUGUUAUGGUGGAGGUGAUCACCGGCCAUCUGGUGUUUCGUUGAAAGAAUAAAUAAAUAAUUAAUGCGAGAAUUUUCUUGCAUUGCAAUUUAGGAUAUUCUGUGUUUUAGUGGUUAAUGUCUAGACUGGACGAUUAACCAGUCUCCACAUAAGUAUGUGCUUGUGUGUAUGUUAAGUCUAGCUCUAUACGAGCUAAGUAUGUGCUUGUGUAUGUUGUGCAAUAAACCUUGAAUGCUUGCAGUGCAAACACCUCCCCAGUUUGGUGUGCUUUCAAGGAACUGUUAUAAUAAAACUUGAAGGCUGUAUUAAGCCUCUAUCAAUAUAUGUGUCUCUUUGUUCUA